GCCCCGCUCGUGUGCCCCACUGACGCCCCCCCCCUCUGCAGGCAGGUUUCGUGCCGAUAACUUGAACAAGCUGAAGAACCUGUGCAGCAAAACCAUCGGAGAUAAGAUGAAGAAGAAGGAGCCCGUAGGGAGCGACGAGUCCGUGCCAGAGAGCGCGCAGAACCUGGAUGAGCUGACAGCCGAUGUCCUGGGGGGGCUGCAGGUGUCCCAGAUCAAGAAGGUCCGUCUCCUCAUCGACGAAGCCAUCCUGAAGUGCGAUGCGGAGCGCGUCAGGCUGGAGGCGGAACGCUUCGAGAGCCUCCGGGAGAUCGGGAACCUCCUGCACCCCUCGGUGCCCAUCAGCAACGAUGAGGAUGCAGACAACAAGGUGGAGCGGAUCUGGGGGGACUGCAGCUGCAGGAAGAAGUAUUCCCACGUGGACCUGGUGGUGAUGGUGGAUGGUUAUGAGGGAGAGAAGGGGGCCGUUGUGGCGGGAAGCCGGGGCUACUUCUUGAAGGGUCCCCUGGUGUUCCUGGAGCAGGCCCUGAUCCAGUACGCCCUGCAGAGCCUCCGUGCCAAGGGCUACACUCCCGUCUACACGCCCUUCUUCAUGCGGAAGGAGGUGAUGCAGGAGGUGGCCCAGCUCAGCCAGUUUGACGAGGAGCUCUACAAGGUGAUCGGCAAAGGCAGCGAGAAGGCCGAGGACAGCUCCAUCGAUGAGAAGUACCUCAUUGCCACCUCAGAGCAGCCCAUCGCCGCCCUGCACCGGGACGAGUGGCUGAAGCCAGAGGAUCUGCCCAUCAAAUAUGCGGGGCUGUCCACCUGCUUCCGCCAGGAGGUCGGCUCGCACGGCCGCGACACGCGCGGCAUCUUCCGUGUCCACCAGUUUGAGAAGAUCGAGCAGUUCGUCUACGCCUCCCCGCACGACAACAAGUCAUGGGAGAUGUUUGAUGAGAUGAUCGCCACGGCCGAGGAGUUCUACCAGUCCCUGGGCAUCCCCUACCACAUCGUCAACAUCGUUUCGGGCGCCCUGAACCACGCUGCCAGCAAGAAGCUGGACUUGGAGGCUUGGUUCCCAGGCUCAGGAGCGUUCCGUGAGCUCGUGUCCUGCUCCAACUGCACCGACUACCAGGCGCGCCGCUUGCGCAUCCGCUUCGGGCAGACCAAGAAGAUGAUGGACAAGGUGGAGUUUGUGCACAUGCUCAACGCCACGAUGUGUGCCACCACCCGAACCAUCUGCGCCAUCCUGGAGAACUACCAGACCGAGGAGGGCAUCGUCGUCCCCGAGCGGCUGCGGGACUUCAUGCCCCCAGACCUCCGCCAGAUCAUCCGCUUUGUGAAGCCGGCCCCCAUCGAGCAGGAGCUCUCCAAGAAGCAGAAGAAGCAGCAGGAAGGCGGCAGGAAGAAGGCUGCGGGCGGGGAGCGGCUGCUGGAGGAGCAGAUGCAGAACAUGGGCGUCAGCAGCGCCUGAGUCCUUCGGCUCCGCCGGGCUCUGCGGCGGCUCCUUCGCUUCGAGCCGAGUCUGGGGCGGGAGCUGCCCGGUCCCCACCCGGCCCUGCGGCACCGCGGGGCAAAGAACUGACAGUUGUGGGGCUCCGGCCCAAAGUGCGGCUCCGGCCCCCCCGCCUUCCCCUC